AUGAGGACGGAGAGAAGGAACGGUUACCCAACCCCCUCGGACUCUCGGGGAUUGAACACCGGCCUGCAAGAAUCGAGACCGUCGCUGUUGGGCCUCGGUGAGUGCUGCCUCUGGUGCCCUCAGGAGUCUUGCUCAGCCCUCAGGAGUCUUGCUCAGCCCUCAGGAGUCUUACUCAGCCCUCAGGAGUCUUGCUCAGCCCUCAGGAGUCUUACUCAGCCCUCAGGAGUCUUACUCAGCCCUCAGGAGUCUUGCUCAGCCCUCAGGAGUCUUACUCAGCCCACAGGAGUCUUGCUCAGCCCUCAGGAGUCUUACUCAGCCCUCAGGAGUCUUACUCAGCCCUCAGGAGUCUUACUCAGCCCUCAGGAGUCUUGCUCAGCCCUCAGGAGUCUUACUCAGCCCACAGGAGUCUUGCUCAGCCCUCAGGAGUCUUACUCAGCCCUCAGGAGUCUUACUCAGCCCUCCACCAACCUGAAGGGCUCCGUCUAUGUUCCCUUCUUACACACACACUUGUUCUUACAUAGUGAGUACAGGAACAAAUGCCAUGUGAUUCCUGUUACCAAGUUGCCAGUUUAUCCUUCCCAUACCUCAUGUGGUAGCUACAGUGGCAGCAAUAGUGGCAGCGACAGUGGCAGCGAUAGUGGCAGCGAUAGUGGCAGCGAUAGUGGCAACAGUGGCAGCGAUAGUGGCAGCGAUUGUGGCAACAGUGGCAGCGAUAGUGGCAACAGUGGCAGCAGUGGGGGCAGCAGUAGUGGCAGCAGCAAUAGUGGCAGCAGUGGGGGCAGCAAUAGUGGCAGCAGCAAUAGUGGCAGCAGUGGGGGCAGCAAUAGUGGCAGCAGUGGCAGCAGCAAUAGUGGCAGCAGCAAUAGUGGCAGCAGUGGGGGCAGCAGCAGUGGGGGCAGCAAUAGUGGCAGCAGUGGGGGCAGCAAUAGUGGCAGCAGCAAUAGUGGCAGCAGUGGGGGCAGCAAUAGUGGCAGCAGUGGGGGCAGCAGUAGUGGCAGCAGCAAUAGUGGCAGCAGUGGGGGCAGCAAUAGUGGCAGCAGUGGGGGCAGCAGCAGUGGGGGCAGCAAUAGUGGCAGCAGUGGGGGCAGCAAUAGUGGCAGCAGUGGGGGCAGCAAUAGUGGCAGCAGUGGGGGCAGCAAUAGUGGCAGCAGUGGGGGCAGCAAUAGUGGCAGCAGUGGGGGCAGCAGCAGUGGGGGCAGCAAUAGUGGCAGCAGUGGGGGCAGCAGCAGUGGGGGCAGGAAUAGUGGCAGCAGUGGGGGCAGCAAUAGUGGCAGCAGUGGGGGCAGCAAUAGUGGCAGCAGUGGGGGCAGCAAUAGUGGCAGCAGCAAUAGUGGCAGCAGUGGGGGCAGCAAUAGUGGCAGCAGUGGGGGCAGCAGCAGUGGCAGCAGCAAUAGUGGCAGCAGUGGGGGCAGCAGCAGUGGCAGCAGCAAUAGUGGCAGCAGUGGGGGCAGCAGCAGUGGGGGCAGCAGCAGUGGGGGCAGCAAUAGUGGCAGCAGUGGGGGCAGCAAUAGUGGCAGCAGUGGGGGCAGCAGCAGUGGGGGCAGCAAUAGUGGCAGCAGUGGGGGCAGCAAUAGUGGCAGCAGUGGCAGCAGUGGGGGCAGCAAUAGUGGCAGCAGUGGGGGGCAGCAAUAG